UAUAGCCGUUCUACACAGUGAGUGUUUCUAGGUUGUUUUUGAAGAAAACGAAAAGCAUCAUAGAGGAGAAGAUGAAGAUUUCAGAUUCAUCAAAAUCCGGUUACGAAGCUCUCAGAAACGCUCGCAUAUCAGAGAACAAGGCUAGGUUUGAAUCUCUGGGUAUUUUGAAUUCAGUUUCCGAGCUUCGACAAAUUUCUACCAAAAAGAAACGUCCCUGGGUCAAAAAGGAUUACAGUCUCAAUCCCCUCCGCCGCUCUCAGCGAAUCAAGGCUGUCGCUGACGGUACCACCAACAAUCUUCCGCCGCGAAAAUACGAGGAUGCUGAGCAUUUUCUUCCUGAAGAGAGUCGUGCACGGCGCUGCCGUAACAAGCGUAGAGGCAGUGUCCUCAGUUCAAUCUUGGGGAUAAGCUGCCACUUUUGCAGGCAAAAGAAAUUAUGCGGGGAAGACGAUUGUAAAAGAUGUGGGAAUUGUGAUGUGAAUGAACCUUGUCUAGGAAACACUGAUUGCUCAGUGUGUCACUCUACCCGCGGUGUCUUUUGUAGAGACUGUCUCAAGGUUCGGUAUGGUGAAGAAUUAGAGGAGGUGAGAGAGAACAAGGAAUGGACGUGUCCACAUUGCAUUGAAGAGAAAGGAAUAAACCCUUACUAGAUACGUAACAGUGCACCAUGCCUGAGGAAACGAAAGAUGCCGCCAACUGGGCUUGCAAUAGUCAAAGGUU